AUGAAUUUGCCCAUUUCUCGUUUAAUACCUACGUUAUCAACAUGCUCGUCGUUCUUCACACGACGUCGUCUGGCUCAUUUUACUUUUUUCAAAGAUCAACCCGAUUCAUCAUAUGGUCCAACAAAAGAAAUGAAUCUAUGUCAGACGAUUCAAAAUACCAUUGACACCACACUAGGAAAUGAUCAUACUGCUAUUGUAUUCGGCGAAGAUGUUGCAUUUGGUGGUGUUUUUCGAUGUACAGCAGAUUUAAGACAAAAAUACGGUGCUGAUCGUGUAUUUAACACUCCAUUAUGUGAACAAGGUAUCAUUGGUUUUGGAAUAGGUGCAGCUGUUGCUGGAACAACAGCUAUUGCUGAAAUUCAAUUUGCUGAUUAUAUCUUUCCAGCAUAUGAUCAAAUUGUAAAUGAAGCAGCUAAAUAUAGGUAUCGUUCACAAAAUUUAUUUAAUUGUGGGCGUCUGACAAUCCGUGCGCCAUGGGGUGCUGUUGGACAUGGUGCACUCUAUCAUUCACAAUCACCAGAAGCCCAAUUUAUGCAUACACCUGGUAUUAAAGUUGUCAUUCCACGCGGAGCUAUUCAAGCUAAAGGAUUACUCUUGUCAUGUAUUAAAGACGAUAAUCCAUGCAUAUUUUUUGAACCGAAAAUUCUUUAUCGAUCUGCUAAAGAAGAUGUACCACUUAAAGAAUAUACUAUUCCUUUAUCCAAAGCUGAAAUUAUAUCCGAAGGUACUGAUGUAACACUAGUUUCAUGGGGAACACAAGUUCAUGUACUUCGUGAAGUAGCACAAUUGGCAGCUAAAGAAAAUAUAUCUUGUGAAGUAAUUGAUUUACGAACUAUUGUACCAUGGGAUGUUGAUACAAUUUGCCAAUCCGUUAGUAAAACAGGUAGAUUACUGAUAAGUCAUGAAGCACCGAUCACUGGUGGUGUUGGCGCUGAAAUUGCUGCAACUGUUUCGAGAGAGUGUUUCUUGAAUCUUGAAGCACCCGUUGAACGUAUUUGUGGUUAUGAUAUUCAUCCCAUUCCACAUGUAUUCGAACCAUUUUAUUUUCCAUCGAAAUGGCGUUGUUUAGACGCGAUAAAACGCAUGAUGAAUUUUUAA